AUGACUAUGUUUCCGAGAUUUCCUAUUCACCGAGUUUUGAACUCGAAAAGCCUUCGUUCUUGCCGAUUGAACAAACAACCACUAUUUUCUCAAGUCACCCGGCGUACAUUGAGCCUGAAAUAUCACGGAGACCCAACUCCAGUAGUUGGAACCACCGCGCGAGUACGGAACCAAAACUUUCGAAAUACAAAGAGAAUCGCAUUGGUCUCGCUUGUUGGAAGCUUUUCACUUGUGGUAUACAGUAUUUACCACCUCAACAACCUCCGGGAACAACUCCAGCCAGAUCCCAGCAAGAAGACUCUUGUGAUCCUAGGAACGGGAUGGGGAACGACAUCACUGCUGAAAGAGAUCGAUUCUUCAAACUACAAUAUCGUGAUGAUAUCGCCACGCAACUAUUUCCUCUUCACCCCGUUGCUGCCAUCUUGCGUGACCGGUUUACUAGACACUCGGUCUCUGAUGGAGCCCAUUCGGAACAUCUUACGCCGCAAAACCACAGUGGUCAAAUUCUAUGAUGCGGAAGCGACGAAUAUCAACUAUGAAAAAAGGGUGGUGCAUUUCAAGAGUAACUCCAAUGACGCAUCCGCUGGUGAUAUCCCGUUCGACUUGCUUGUUGUUGGGGUUGGUGCGGAGAAUGCUAUCUUUGGAAUCGAGGGUGUGAAAGACCAUGCUUGCUUCCUUAAGGAAGCAGAAGAUGCACAAAAGAUCCGCAGGAAAGUGAUGAGCCGCAUCGAACAAGCUGCCCUCAAGGGCCAAGGGCAAGAAGAAAUCAACCGCCUUCUGCAUAUGGUUGUUGUAGGAGGUGGCCCCACGGGAAUUGAGACAGCUGCUGAAUUGCAAGACUUCUUCAAAGACGAUCUGAAGAAAUGGGUCCCGGAACUGGCGAAUAAACCCACAGUGACCUUAAUUGAAGCCCUUCCAACGGUCCUUCCAAUUUUUUCCAAGAAAUUGAUCAAGUUCACUGAGUCAACCUUUCAGGAAGAAAGCAUUGUGAUCCGGAAAAGCACGAUGGUUAAAAGGGUUUCCGAUACAGAAAUCGAAGUGGAGUGCCGGGAGCUUGAUGGCACUGUACGAAAGGAGAUUAUUCCUUACGGAAUUUUGAUCUGGGCGGGCGGCAAUGCAGUCCGCCCGAUUGUGAGGGACUUCAUGGGCCAACUUCCAGCCCAAGCUACUUCUCGUCGAGGACUCGUUAUUGAUGACUACCUUCGUGUCAAAGGUGCUAGUGACGUCUGGGCGCUGGGUGACUGUACUCAAACCACUUUUGCGCCAACAGCCCAGGUUGCUAGCCAGCAGGGGGUCUUUUUGGGCAAACUUCUUAACGCCAUGGCAAUAGCAGACAAACACUCGUUAGACAAUAUUGCUGGUGACAUCAGUCAGCCGCUUCUCGGACCGAAGGCGGCCAAGGCAUUUAAUUAUAUCCACCAAGGAAGCCUGGCUUAUAUUGGCAAUGAACGGGCCAUUGCGGAUAUACCAUUGCUAGGUAUGAAUAUCGCAAGUGGCGGACAAUGGACUUUCCUCUUCUGGCGUUUGGCUUACAUUAAGAUGUGUCUCAAUGUUCGCAACCGAUAUUUUAUCAUAGGUGAUUGGCUCAGAGUUCAACCUUUUGGCCGAGAUGUCUCGAGUCAAUAG